CACACAGCUAGCUCGCUCGCUCCUCUUCCUCCUCAGCCUUCUUGCACCUUUUCUUCGAGCUAUCUCUCUCUGAAUUUGUAGCUUGUGUUUGGAGCUGAGAUGGGUAGAGGUGGUGGGGGUGGUCCGGCGAUGCUGCUGGUGGCGGUGGUGCUCGUCGCCGGCGUGGCGGUGUGCAGCGGGCAGCUCAAGGUGGGGUUCUACUCCAAGUCGUGCCCCACGGCGGAGUCCACCGUCGCCUCCGUCGUGCGGCAGUUCGCCGACGCCGACAGCACCAUCCUCCCCGCGCUCGUCCGCCUCCAGUUCCACGACUGCUUCGUCAAGGGAUGUGACGCGUCGGUGCUGAUCAAGGGAGGAGGAGGAGGGAGCAGCAAGGCGGAGGUGGAGAACAACAAGCACCAGGGGCUGCGCGGCAUGGACGUGGUGGAGAGCGCCAAGCAGCAGCUGGAGUCGGAGUGCCCCGGCGUCGUCUCCUGCGCCGACAUCGUCGUCCUCGCCUCCCGCGACGCCCUCGCCUUCACGGGCGGGCCGUCGUUCGACGUGCCGACGGGGCGGAGGGACGGGAAGACAUCGAACAUCCGGGACGCCGACGUGCUCCCCGACGUGAAGGACUCCAUCGAGGUGCUCCGCUCCAAGUUCGCCGCCAAUGGCCUCGACGACAAGGACCUCGUCCUCCUCAGCUCGGCGCACACGGUGGGGACGACGGCGUGCUUCUUCCUCCAGGACAGGCUGUACAACUUCCCGCUCGCCGGCGGCGGGAAGGGCGCGGACCCGGCCAUCCCGGAGGGCUUCCUGUCGGAGCUCCAGUCCCGGUGCGCCCCCGGCGACUUCAACACGCGGCUUCCGCUCGACCGGGGCAGCGAGGGCGACUUCGACACCUCCAUCCUCCGCAACAUCCGCAACGGGUUCGCCGUCAUCGCCUCCGACGCGGCGCUCUACAACGCCACGGCCACCGUCGGCGUCGUCGACGCCUACUCCAGCAUGCUCAGCACCUUCUUCGGGCCCUACUUCCGGGAGGACUUCGCCGACGCCAUGGUCAAGAUGGGCAGCAUCGGCGUCCUCACCGGCGCCGCCGGCGAGGUCAGGAAGGUCUGCUCCAAGUUCAACUGAAACGUACAGCCUUAGCUAGCUAGCUGGUACAAUCAUCCAUCCAUGGCGCGCGUUUAAUUAAUUUCUUCUUGAAAUUAAUUACCAAUUUCUGUAGAUCUUAAAUUACUUCAAAUUAAAACGAAUUGAUCCAGUUCAUGUGCAUCUUGCUGGGACAGAACAAAAAGGGAAAUUUGCACAGAGGUCCAAAUUAAAUUGGAUAUGGAUCUGUGCAUUUUAACUUUUCUGUGGUCUCAGAAGAUGAAAUAUAUAUAGACAAGGAGUUUAUAAGUGACAUUUGGUCUACAUGUUUAUAUAUAUACAUAUAUAUGUACAAGUGAGAAAUAGUCAUUUUGUUCAAGGGUUUGGGUAUUAUAUUGAUUUGUUGCCGAGUGAAACUGUAAAGAAAGUGUUGAAUUCAUCAAUUAAUUCUAAGUGGUGCCAGAACAAUAUGUCCCCCUAGCUUAAUUAGUUGUAUUCUCUGGUUGGAUUGCAAAUUAAAAGCUACCAUUUGCUUGUUGCAUUGAGCUUUAAAGUGCACUUAUAUUGUUAGGCCCGGCCUAG